AUGGUGAUUCACGGAAACCCAUCGAUGCGUUGGCUCCCCCGACUCUUGGCAACUGUGUCGAUAUCCAUCAUUUUUAGCAGUUCGCUUUCCCUUUUCUGCCUGGUUUACUUCUACGAUAAGCCCAGAGAAGCUUGGCUAGAAUCCCUCCCCCGACCAAGCGGCUCAUCCGACUCGAAGAAUCACACUGCUCCUGGCAGUGAUUGGCUUCUACCACAGACAUCCGAGCCGCCGUUUGGAUCGCACUUGGACUCUUGGGACACCUCAUACUAUGUGAAGGGGGAGCCGACAGAGCUAUUCAGAGAUAACCUCCGGAACGACACUUCCUAUAUCACAUCAUGGUGUAAUGCUGGAUUCACUAACGAAUUUAUGGAAUACAUCAACUUAAUUUAUCUUUCCAUCCUCGCGGAACGCGUUCCAAUCAUGCCACCUUUUGCUCCACACGACCACAUCAGCCCGGAAGCAGGAGUGAUACCGUUCGGCGAAAUCUUCAAUCUCACCCAUCUCCGUUCGGUGCUGCGGAUGCCCAUCCUGGAAUGGUCGGAUAUCAAAACGUUACCGAUAACCUCCUUCCCCCAAGUCUAUUCUACUCAAUCGGUGGAACCUCUUGGCUGUUGGUCGACACGUCCUGAAGAGACCAACGACCCUGUUCGAAACGAUAACCUCAUGCGCCACUUGGGAUUGGAUCCUUCCUAUACGAGGAUGCCAGAUUUGAUUAGGCAGAGCGCGAACAACCGGGGCGAAAACCACAUUGUCUUUGCAAAGGUCGCUGCCGCUGUGCAUCCUGGCGGACCACUUGUGAAACAGGACGACUUGCCUAUCAUGGCGGAAUCCCGGGAAGGCCUCCGUUUGAAGCCUGAUACCCAAUUGACUUGCAUCGACCAGACCUAUUACAUGACUUCCGGGGCAGAAUAUUACGAGUGGAGAUUCGCUUGGUCACCCGCUUGGAGAUUCGUUGGGCGCCAUGCGAGGUUCACCACGACUGUCGUCGACCGUGCGGAAGGGUACCUGAGGCGCACGUUCCAGCUCGGCCCCACGGAGGAGAUGCCAAAGUUUAUUGCGGUCCAUAUGCGACAUGGUGACUUUAUCGACAACUGUUACUUUGCAGGGCACUGUUUGUCUACUGUAGAACCUUUCGCGACCAAGAUAGAACGGAUGAAAGAGAGGUUGUUGGAGGAACGGGGAAUCUCGGUUUCCCAUGUCAUUGUCGCGUCAGAUGAAACGGACCGCAGCUUCUGGGAGGAUAUUUCAUCACGCGGAUGGUAUCGCAUAGACCACGACGCGGAAAGAACUAAGGAACGCUUCGGGGAGUGGUGGCCGCCGCUAGUUGAUAUCGUCGUCCAAAGCCUGGCCACGGGCUUCGUUGGCACCGAAGAUUCUACCUUUAGCUUAGUGAGUGGGAGGAGAGUGGCGGAUUGGAACAAUGGUCUGUAUAUCAUGGUCGAUGGACGGGAGUAA